ACAGGGGGUGCUUUUGCAGGGCAGGGGGUGGAGGUGGAGGGUGGAGGUUUGUCUUUGGGGGUGUCGGAGCUGGUCCCAUGAAUCUGGGAUGUCUCUGUGUACAGUGUGAGCAGAGUUAGCAGCCAAAGUUUGCAGAGAGCGCACCGGCAGGAAAACUUCGCUGGAGAGGCGACCCAGUGAUCCCUCUUGUCACUACCUAUUUACCCACGGAUCUCCAGUGCAAACAUGCGGACUACACACUUCAAUUAGCGGGGACUUCUGUGCUGUUUCAGGGGGUGAAUCUCUCCCUCUUGCUCUUGAAAGAUAACAGUUUGCUGCCUUCGCUGCUGCACGCUGUCGCUUCAAUGGACUAUAUCUUUAUCAUCCAGUGAGUAGCUCAGACUAACAUUGAUUGUCCAGAUAAGUGUUGGACCAUGAGCAUAACUUUUAACGCUAUAUGCCAUGUAGUCCUAUAGUAGUCGUGGGUGUUUAUAAAAAAAAAAACAAUGCACUCCCCCUGUGACAAGGAACCCUUAUCUCGGAAACACCGACUCAUGGCUGCAGCUAUGCCCGGCGAGGAGAGCCCAUUGCCCGGCCACAACACUUCCAGGACUGACCGGAGUAAUGGAUUAGUAGUAGGUGGACUGGUGCACUGUUUCAUAUGUGGAAGUGGAGUAACACCUGGGAAGGAGUUGAGGUUGCAAGUUGCAUACCAAAAAGAGAGGGUACCGUUUUUCCCCUUCCUCCAGAACCAGGAGCCAGCCCCGGGUGCGUGUGAAGUGAGCCCGGCGGAUGGUGGCCAUGCGCCGGUGUGCGCCGUGUGCCACUGCUUCCUCACGGAGCAGUGGAACUCCUUCGAGCGCAGCAGGACGCCCAUCGAGAAGCGCAUGUACUGGCUGAAGCGACCGUACCAGUGCGACUCCCGGAGGGUCCCGCAGGAGUGGAACAUCUCCUACGACCUGGAGAGGAGGAUCAGUGGCAGCAGCCAGAACAACUAUGACGACGGGGGCGCAGAUGAGUCUGAUUUCUCCUCUUUUUCUGAGAACAUGUCAGACCAGGAGAUGGAUUUAGUCGGCAAAGAGAGCAAGUGCCUAAAGGGAGCAGCAUCUGGCAAAUCGCCAAGAGACAGUAGCAGCAGCAGCAGGAAGAACAAUGUCAUCAGUGUUAAAAACAGCCCGGAUUCACAGCGUGCAAUGCGCUACCCACCAGUGGCGGUGGGUGUUUACGCCGCGCAUGGGUCGCCAAAAGCGGACAGUGUUCUUCCAACGCGGCGCGGUGGUGCCAAAAUUAUCAAUAAUGUGUGUCAAUCAUCAGAAUCAUCUCUGCUGGCAAAGUCCCAGGAGAGAUUCCCAGCUCAGCGGUGCUAUGACAGUCCUUUCUCUGACACACCUGUGCAAGACAACGGGGUCAUUAUGCGCAACAGGCGCUGGAUGGAGGAGGAGGGGGUUAAUAAUGUCAGACACGUGGAGCCUCGUCAGAUCCAGCGUGCUGUAGACAGCAGCUGUGCACCAUCCAGACACCCAUCACUGCUAUACCACCCCAACACUGCUCUGUCAUCUGUCGCCACUAAAUGUAACCCUGUUCCUAGGGAGAAUAACUCUGACAGCUCUGAUGAUGAAGAUGAGAUUAACAUUACAAGUGAUGAUGACAUGGAUACCUAUGAGAGCAGAACAACUCAGUUUAGACCUGUCAGAGACCUUUCAGCUAGGAAGUCACACCACACUCUGGUGAACACCUGUUCAGAGGAGGAGUGUGUUUGCUAUAUCUGUGGCUCAGGGCUCAGACAUGAUGGCCGUUUUAAAGUCAGUGUUCAGAAACAGGAGAGGGCACAGGGCGAGCCCUUUUUUCCAUUCCUGUGGCUCCACUCCCCUCCCCGAGGUGCAAUACCCAUCAGCCCAGCGGGUACCACCCUGGUGUGUGGCAGCUGCCACACCUCCCUCAUGCAGCAGUGGCAGAGCUUCCAGCUGGCAGAUGUGCCUGUCCUCCAGCGCCUGUAUGUGGUCCCCCUCAACCAGGCCACCAAUUCUCUCCAUCCUUCUCAGCUAACUCCCCCAGAGUCCAUGGAGGGCACAACAAAUGACCCCAGGGCUUCCCAGCAUGAGGCCUGUUUCCUCUGCGGUCAGGAGUGUGGAGGAGACAUGAGAGUAGCAUAUUCACAGGCGGGUGUUGGCAAAUCCCGUGGUGCGAUGUAUUUCCCUUUCAUCAACAUGUUGCCAUGCCCGCCUAACGCCCAGGGGGUGAGGAAUGGCCGUGUGCACUGCUGCCCACAGUGCCACUUCAUCCUGGAGCAGAUCUGGGGUGCGUAUCGACUCAGCCUUAGUGAAGACCUCAUCACCUCUGUCAGCUCCUUUCUGGUCAGGUACCACGCUGCCAUGGCCAGCCAUGAGGGCUCUGGACCAGCCCAUUCCCAGACCGGUGUGGUUUCUCGCCCCGGCAGCUCCAUGUCGGUGUGUUACCUGUGUGGAGGUGAGCUGUGUGCUGGCGGAGAGUACCAGCUGCAUGUCAACCCACCUGGGCGUUGUGGGGAGAGGGAGCCUUUCUUCCCCUUCCUCACCGUCCACCCUCCUGCUCCCCGUGCCAAGCCAGUGGACGCCACAGGCCUGGUGUCAGCUUGUAAUCUCUGCUACCAUGAUCUACACACCCAAUGGGCCCAACAUGAGAACAAGGGACUGGGUCCCUCCACCCCUUCUACUUCUAGUCUAUCCAGUGCCAACCCCCAGCCGCCCAGCUCCCCUUGGGCUCGCCAGUACAGCUGUGAGGCUUUUGUGUGUUUCUUCUGCAGGAAGGAGCAGCGCAGGCAAGGUAGGCUGUGCGCUGUCACUGUGGCCAGGCUGCCCGUGUUCCUGUAUGCACCUCGCAGCACACGCACGCUCCUGGUGGAUGAUGGGAGGAGGCUGGUGAUUGGCUCGUGUGUGGAAUGUAAGGCCAUGGUGCAGGUGGGACAGAGCAUGCAGCAGGACAGAGAUAGGCUUGGACAUGGAGCCUCAGACGGGGAGAGGAAAGAACCAGAAUCAGCCUCCUCGCCGCAGUCUAGACACAAGACGUGUACUGUGAUUGAGAGUGCGGCGGGAGCCAGUAAGGAGGUGGACUCGGGGCCUUCGCAGCCUGCAGGUGACCACACACCUUCUCACCCAGUGACCUCGGAGACAGAGAAACCCGACCGCCCACCUUCCAGCAUGAGCCAUGAGCCAAAGUCACCAUCGUUAGGAAUGAUCUCCACGGCGACCCGUACCACGGCGACGGUCAGCCCCCUCACCCCGUCGCCUCUCAACGGCUCCAUCGUAGCCAAUGGAAGCCCCGCUACCCAGUCUGCUCACUCUGGAUUUGCUGCAGCCCUCCGUAAACUGGCAAAACAGGCUGAAGAACCUCGAGCUGCGUCCUCCAUCAGCAGUGAGUCCUCUCCAGUGUCCUCCCCGGCCACCAACCACAGCUCUCCAGUCAGUACACCCAAAAGGGGUCCCCUUGGUCAAGGGCCGGUCCUGGUUCCCCCAGCGGGCCACAGCGUGCCAAACACUCCACCUGUAGUCACCAUUGCUCCAACAAAGACUAGCAACGGCCUCUGGAGGAGCGAGGGACGCCAGGCUGAUUCGGGGCCUCGUGGGGCCAGCCGGGAACGUCUGGGUGCAGAGGGGAACCUCCCACAGGAAAAGGGUGGCCCCUCAGUCCCUGCCCACCUCCUGGGAAACCCCUAUGCCUUUGGUCUCACCCCCGGUGCUGUCAUGCAGGAUUCACGUUUCCAGCCCCUCAAUCUGCCCAGACAGAUGCCUAAUGCAGUGCCCCCUGGUCAUGUACCAGAAGAGUACCUCCGUGGUUUCCGGCCCUAUGCCACGACUGAGGAUGCCCUCCGCAUGCCCUCUUUGCCCUUGGGCCUGGACCCCGCCACUGCAGCUGCCGCAGCUGCCUACUACCAUCCCAGCUACCUGCCCCACCCCUCCUUCACGCCAUACAGGAUGGAUGACCCGUUCUGCCUCUCUGCUUUGAGGUCACCUUUCUAUCAGCUGCAAGGAGGGGGAGCUUUACCUCCCAUCCAUCCCUCUGCUGUUCACAUGCACCUACAAGGGGUCCGCUACCCUGGAGACUUCACGCACCCGUCACUGUCAGCCCUGCAGUCUGAGAGGCUUCAGCUGGAGGAUGAGCUGCGACAGAGAGAGAGGGAGCGCGAACGAGAACGCGAGAGGGAAAAAGAGAGAGAGCGUGAGGCGGAGAGGGAAAAAGAGCGGGAGAGGGAACGAGAGAGGGAGAGAGAGCGGGAGAAGGAGCUGGAGAGGGAGAGAGAACGCGAGCGGGAAAGAGAGCGCGAGAGAGAGCGGGAGAGGGAGAGAGAAAGAGAGAAGGAGAUGGAGAGGCAGAAGGAGAGAGCAAUGAGGGAGAAGGAGCUGCAGGCUUCCAAGGCCAUGGAGAGCCAUUAUCUGGCUGAGCUCCAUGCCAUGAGGGGGCAGGAGGACCGAACCAAGCCUGAGAGACUCACCCCUAAUCGGGCUGAUAAAACCAAAGAGCCCGCCCCUCCAGCUCCCAAACCAGUGCCGCCAGGACACCACUCUGCAAUGAUCCCAUCACAUCAUCCCAUCCCCGGUCUAAUCUCAGGCCACGGCCUCUACAUGGGGGCCGGCGCGGUAGGGACGGCGCUCUCGGCCCAAAUGAUCGCUCAGAGGAAUAAUGAGGAGGAGAGGUGGUUGGCGCGGCAACGUAAGCUGCGGCAGGAGAAAGAGGAUCGUCAGUACCAGGUGUCUGAAUUCCGCCAGCAGGUUCUGGAGCAGCACCUGGACUUGGGCCGGCCAGGUGACGCACCAGAUCACAGAUCCAUACCAAAUCACCAUGAUCCAGGAAGCCGGGACCUCCACCCUCACUUAGGCGCCCCUCCACCCCUCAUCUCCCCCAAGCCUCCUCAGCCACCACGUGAACACCACCCUCCCACCACCCUGUGGAACCCUGCAUCUCUUAUAGAAACCACCUCAGAGUCCAGACGUAACCACGAGCCCUCAGGGAUGGGACACUACGAGCUCAGUCGGCUGCCCCCAGGGCCCUCCAAAUAUGAGGACGGAACACGAAGGAGAGAAGGGGGCACGAUGGAGAAGUAUCCCCCAAUGAGAGGUCCUCCGGGCCUGCCGGAGCCCAGCACAUUUCUUGCUGAUCUGGAGAAAUCCACCCAGUCGUUCUUCAGCCAGCAGAGGGCAUCGCUGUCCCUGACCAGCCAAUAUGAACUGGAGGGAGCCAUGAAAAGCAAUCCUGGACUAAAGAGCAUCCAGGGACACCCAGGGCACAGUAGACAUGGACUAGGAAUGGUCCCGGGGCCAGGGAUGGGACAGGUAGCCACACUGGGGAUAGGUCCAGACACAAUGCUGAUCUUUGACGAAAUCCUUCAGCAGCACCGAAGGCCUGUCAGCAAACUGGACCUGGAGGAGAAGAGGAGACGGGAGGCCAGGGAGAAAGGUUACUACUAUGAGCUGGAUGACUCAUACGAUGAGAGUGAUGAGGAGGAGGUGAGAGCCCAUCUCAGGAGAGUAGCAGAGCAGCCCCCACUCAAACUGGAAGACUCCACAGAGAAAUUGGACUUCCUGGGAGCGUUUGGCCUGACCACGGUGGGCCGGCGAGACGAGCUGGUGCAGCAGAAGAGAAGGAAAAGGAGGAGGAGGCUCAGGGAGCGCAGCCCCUCGCCAUCUGUCUCGCAAUCGAAACGCACUCCUCCUCCACCUCCUCCCCAACUCAGCACGCGCUUCACCCCGGAAGAAAUGAACCGAGCACCAGAGCUGGAGGAUAAGAAGCGGUUCCUCACCACGUUCAGACUGUCCCAUGUCACCAUACAGCAGAGGAGAGACAAUGAAAGGGUGGUGGAGCUACUUCAGGCCAUUAAAGAAAAGAGCGUAACCUUGGAUACCAUCAGACAUGCACCUCAUCCGCUGUGUAAGAGCCCUCCAGCACCGAUUUCUGAUUCUGCAUUUGUCCAGCCUUCCUCUGAAUCAGAAGGCCACCACAGCGUCAGACCACAUAGCCCCUCCUCACAUUGCCCAGCGUCUCCCAAUGGUCACCCAAAACCCCUUGGGGAGACAUUAAGACCAAAGGAACCCCCUUCUCCAGCUGUCUACCCAGACAAGGCCCGGGGGCCCAGCGAGGGACCGGUCUCCAAGAGGAGCUCCAGCCUGCUGAACAGCUUGCGGCCCCCGCUCCCCCUGCAGGGUAAAGAAGGCCCUCACAGCGUCAACGGACGCACCAAACCCUGGGACAGCUUCACCCCGGAGGAAUUUGCCCAGCAGUUCCAUGAAUCUGUGCUUCAGUCCACUCAGAAGGCUCUGCAGAAACAUAAAGGUGGAGCCACGGGGAUGUUGGAGUCGUCCCACCUCCAGGAGUCCUCCGUUCACUACAACAUUCCAGAGCUUCAGAGCGCCCCCGGUCGACCGCCGCCGCAACCGCAUUCACAAUCUCACUCAAAUGCACAUUCAUUUCCCCAUCCACUUUCACUGGCUCACCCUCAGCCCAACGGGCAGCACUUCUCUGUAGCCCUGCACCGGGAGGCCUCGGGGACGAGGGAGGACAUGUCUGGUCCGGAGGACUCUGAGGAGGAAGAGGAUGAGGAGGAAGAGGAGGCUCCUCCUUCCAAGUGGCAGGGGAUUGAAUCUAUAUUUGAAGCUUAUCAGGAAUACGUUGAAGAGCAAAGUUUGGAGCGACAGGUGUUGCAGAGUCAGUGUCGAAGACUAGAAGCUCAGAACUACAACCUCAGUCUGACUGCUGAGCAGCUGUCUCAUAGCAUGGGGGAGCUGAUGUCCCAGAGACAGAAGCUGGCAAUGGAAAGGGAGAAGCUACAAGCAGAGCUUGAGCACUUCAGGAAGUGUUUGACGCUGCCACAGACACACUGGCCGAGAGGCGGCCAUUACAAGGGCUACCCUCCCAGGUGACCCCACCACGCCGACCCGAUGGCCCCCGGCCGCCUCCCCUUUCAGACUGACACCCAGAGUUUAUUUUUCAUGGCCUGGUCCACAUGGCUCCAUGGAGGAGAAUAUGGCUGGCUAGAUAAGAUGAAUGAAUGAAUUGAGUGAAUGGAUGGAUGCUAGAUGAAUGCACAGGAGACAGGACCAUACAGUGAAGGACAGGCAGUCUUUGGAUUGUGGCCAGCCAGGGACUGUGCCACGAGCCACUAACGUGUGCCAAUGUAGCCAACCCCGAGAGCACGGGGGCAGGAGUACCUGAAGAUCAACACAAACACACACACACACACACACAAAUACACACACAUGCACCUGCUCGUCACACAUUCUUCAGUCGCCUGCUGCUCUAUUGUUCAGUCCCUGCAUCCCUCGCCGCCACAGCUACACAGACAAUCCUGCCAAUGAGGGAGCAGCAGCCCCAGGAGGGGUGACGUCUAGAGACUUGAACGCUCCAAAGGCUUCUGGCCAGUCGGGACUGAUUUUUAUCACAGUGGCCACAUGAGCUUUUUGAACUGGAAAUGCACUUAAGAAUAAAAGCUGAAGAACUACCUGGUGGUACUGUGUUACAACAAAGAACUGUUCAAAAUUAGGGAAGAACUUAGAAAAUGCACAUUUUUGGAAAGAAUUAAGGAAAUGUUUUAUUUCGAAAUAGAAAAUUUGAGAAUAAGAAUUUUAAAAGGUGCUUCAGCCUUGUAUUGUAUAUAAUAUGAAGACUUAAAAGAAUUUUGUAUGUUUUUAUUACUUUAAUCAUUGUUCUUUUAAAGAAAAAGCCUGCCAUUUUUAUAUGUUUAUGCUUUUUUUUUGGGUUGGAAAAGAAAGCCUUGCUUUUAGUGUUUGUACUGCUGCUGGCCAGAACAGCUCAUUUUGAGACAUUUAACAGAGUGAGAGAGAACAGGAAACACUCCUCCUCCUCUUGCUCUCUGCUGACAGCCACAACCACCUCACCUGGCAUCUGAGCUCAGCAAAGCUUACGUAGAGGUUCUGAGACAUGGCUCCCGCCCCGCCCUCUCAUCCCCCUUUCCUUCACAGCAACAUGUGUCUCUCUGUUUUAACGCCCAUCAUCAACUCCUCUGGUCACUGCUGGCAUGACUAGUUAGCUUGUGAUAUUCUCCUACAGAAACCAGAUGAGAUCCACAGUGACUUUUUUUUUUUUUUUUUUACUUUGGUCACUUGACAUACUUGAUUUUGUAAAGACAUGAAGAGUCUCUUAAGCAGCCAGCUGAUGAAACUGGUUAUUGAUGCUUUAUCCUACCAUUAGACCUUUCACUUCACUUUGUACAACAUUAUACAGCAUUAGACUCAAACAAUACCACGGCUUGUAUAAUGUUUCGCCUUAUCAGCAGUCAUGAGAGGACACAGUGCCAAAAUUACAAAAAACGAUAGCAUUUUGGAUUCUUAAUUUUAAAUUGAGUUGCAAUUAGGUUAGCCAAAACAUUCAAACCAGAAUGGCCAUCUUCCACUGCUGAAUAUGCAUCUCCUGCCUGCAUUUACCCCUUUUUAGGACUCCCACUAUCCAAAGUUGCCAACAUGUUAUACAUAACAGACUGGAAAUCACACAAAGUAGGUUCAAACUGGCCAUUUCCUAGUACAUAUACAAUCAGAUCACCAGGCCUCAUACCCGUUUACAACCAACAUUCAGCUACUAGUUUGACACCGACGUUCUACCCUGUAACUCUUGUUGCCUCAGCCUUAUGGUUGUAUGUGCGUUUGAAGAGCCCAAAGGCCAGCUAGGAGGUGCAUAGUUUGGAAUUUAAGGGGCUGCACAAGUUAUAGCGGUGGGACAGUUGGUGUUAAAAGAGUGGGCGAUUUCAUUAUUUCAAAGUUUAAAAAAAACAACUUUGAAAAUGUGCAGAAAGUUAAUUUCUAAAAACGGAAGCACAGCUACCCCUACAUACAGUAUGUCAAUUACAAGUGCCUCAAUAAUUGGGAGCAUGUGAAUGAGUUGCAGUCCACGUGAUGGACAUCCUACACAUAACACCAGUGAUCAGGGACUUUACAUUUUACAUUCAAGUGUCUACUGUACGUCUCACACCUUUCAAAUAUGUGCAUGCCAAGAACCAACACAGAACUCCUUUAUCUAAACGCAUCUCCGACAAUUUAAUCACGACACCUUUUUAUAACCGAGGCCCAGCUCAGAGGAUCAGGUGGAUACAUUCAGAGUGUAGUCUGUCAUUUUUUACAGAGCAGAAGAGGCAUGCUGAGGUUAAGCUGCCAAUGACCGCAGUACAAUGAGCCCCUCACCCGGCCUCCCUGUGUCUCCAGCCCACGCACGCCCAUGCAAUAGCCCCAUUACUCAGUGGAGGAUGUCUAGAUGCUGUGAAAUCCUGUUUUUAAAAUGUACUUGUUUGAAUUCAUUGUAAUGUAAUAUAUUCUUUGUUGAAUGUAGUAAUUAGGUAUUUAUGAAUAUAUGGCUGUGAUUUCAGACAAAAAAGAAAAUAAAAUAUUUCAAAAAUGUUAAA